AUGUCUGCCAAUGGAUCGCAGCAGUCAUCUUCGACUGCAGGGCCUUCCUCGAGACCUCCACAACCACCACCACAAGAAUGGAUUGCUUCGAUAGAUGCCGUGUACACCCUCUUUGAAGACUCGACGGCAGCGCGAAAGUAUCCAGAUCUGUCGCAAAAGGUCAAGAGCGCAGUCGAGCUCUGCGAGGAGAUCAUCCGGGAUGUCGGGUGGCAGCACUGCGCACUUAGCUUCAACGGAGGCAAGGACUGCACUGUCCUGGUACACAUUCUAUCCGCCGUGCUGCGAAGGCUCAAUAGCAAGUCGGACAGCGCAUCUGGUCCCGCUGACGAGGCAAUCAUUCCCUCGAUACCUUCGCUCUACAUCACCUGUCCAUCACCCUUCCCUACGGUUGAAAAAUUCAUCCAGUACUGCGUCUCUCCGGUGCACGGCUACAACCUCGAAGUGAUCUCGGUAGCAGGCGGCAUGAAGGAAGGCAUCAGGACGUACCUCGACGGCGGUGGACGUGAGCAAGUCGGUAUGGGACAAGGACAGGAGGAGGAGCUCACAGACUCAUCAGCAACAGAACCGAGAGACAUUCGAGCCAUGUUUGUCGGGAUUCGUCGGGACGAUCCUCACGGUCCACAACUCUCGGCACGAUCUUGGACGGACAAGGACUGGCCUCGCGUCGAGCGUAUCCACCCCAUUCUCGAUUGGACAUACCAGGAUGUGUGGGCUUUCCUGCGCUGUCCUCAUCUUGGGUCCUCAGAAGCUGCGCUGGGCAUGUCCAGGGAUCAGCUUGCUACAGAUUACGGCACGGCAGGUGGAGGGAUCCAAGGCAUCCCAUACUGCCUGCUCUACGAUCAAGGGUACACCUCGCUCGGGUCGACCUACAACACGCUGCCCAAUCCUGAGCUGCGCAUCAAAGGCGAGCAGGAAGGCGGCAGCGAGGAUGGCGCCCUGCUAGUAGGAGAUGGGACAGCCAAAGGCCGAUGGAAACCCGCGUACAUGCUCAAGGAUGGCACCAUGGAACGGGCUGGACGGGUAGAGAAUGCAUCGCCGCAGGCAAAGCCAAAGCAGCCGGAAUCAACAUCCUCAAAGCCAUAG